AUGGACUGCAUCAAUCACCACAAGGCCGAGGCGUGCUUGGAACUAGGGAUUGCGCAGCACGGCCGCAAACUGGUUGCCGAUAGCCAGCUCAAGGCUGAUAAGUAUGUGUGUAUAUUUUCCUUCAUGUAUCUGCUCAAGGACAUUGCCAUUGAUUGUAUUCCGAUUCAGGAGGCAGGGUUUGCCACCAAUCCUUUUGAUAUAACUGGUCUGCUCUUCAACAAUCUGCUGGAGAGGGAGAAUGACGAGCGUUGUUGA